CCUUCGCUCUGCUCUCGGGUUUUCGAAAUGGCCUCCCUCAAACUGAUGUUCCUGGUGUUGGUGGGGGUGAUGGGACUGAGUUCCCUCGUUUCCUCUCAAGAGCCCAUUGCCCAUCAUCUCUUGAGACGAGCUGUUCCCUUGGAAGACGUCGUCGACGUCGAGGAAAUCGAUGAGGAUGCAGAUGUGAAGACACCAUUGGCCCUGUCCCGGGAGCGAGUGGAACGUGAUGCGGGUUAUGGAGGAGGUCACGGCGGGUAUGGAAAAGGCCGAGUGGGACCCGUGAGGACCUUCGUGAAGACCGAUUACCACGGCAACUUCAAGUGGGGAGUGCGACACGUCGCUGGCAAGAAAUACGCUCACUGAAAAGCAUCGACACCCUCUGACAUCAUUGCUAAAACAACAGCUGGAGAGGCCCCCCCC